AUGGCGUCCGCCCUGGUGUUGGCCGCUCUGCUGCUGUUGGGUUUUGCAGAGGGAUCUCGUGUUACAGCUCCCGCCGUGCCAUGUGGCUCAUCGGCAUCGUCCAGCAGGAUCGUGGGGGGCACGGAUGCGGUGGAAGGAGCGUGGCCCUGGCAGAUCAGUCUCCGGUACCGGGGGGUCCAUAUAUGUGGCGGCUCGUUGAUCUCUGCCCGGUGGGUGCUGACCGCCGCGCACUGUUUUGACUCGUUGAAGCCGUCUUCCUACCGAGUGCACCUUGGAGCCUUCCGGAUCUCCGAGACGGGGGCCAACGAGGUCUCGUACAGCGUUCAGAGUAUUAUCAAGGAUCCCACCUACAGCGGUACGGGGCAGAGCGGGGACAUCGCUCUCAUCCGCCUGUCGUCUCCGGUGACCUUCAGCAACUUUAUUCAACCCAUUUGCCUGCCGGAGACGUCUGCUGCCUUCACACCCGGGAUGGAGUGCUGGGUGACCGGAUGGGGCAACGUAUACUAUGACGUGGAUUUGCCAGACCCUCAGACCCUGCAGCAGGUGAAGGUCCAGCUCAUCGGCAGAGACUCGUGUGAAGCCAUGUACCGCAUCAACUCCGAGGUCAACUCCAGCACGCCCAUAAUCCAGAAAGACCACAUCUGUGCCGGGUACCAGCAUGGGAAGAAGGACUCCUGCCAGGGCGACUCUGGCGGUCCGCUGGCCUGCAAGCUGCACGGCGUCUGGUACCAAAUUGGCAUCGUGAGCUGGGGAGAUGGAUGCGCCCUUCCUAACAGACCCGGGGUUUAUACCCUUGUACCCAACUACCACUCCUGGAUAUCCUCCAAAGCAACAAUCCCCACCAGCUCGUCCCCGUCUCUUCCUGGCGCCUCUCUGCUCCUCCUGGGCGUCUCCUUAUUCCUGCACCUAUGA